AUGGCAUGUCAAAUUCAAGCUUCACGCAUCUUACCAUCAUCGUUAUCAAUCUUAGAAAUUGAAAAAGGUCGAGCCUUUAUGAUAAAUGAGCUCCACAGAAGAAACCAUCAAAGAGAUUUGUGGAUUAAUCCCAUGAAAAGGUUUCAGAUUAGUAGACCAAGUCGGAGAAUAGCGUUUGCGUUAGACACAGGAUCAUCAUCUUCUGUUCCUGGAGAUAACGGAGGAGGGCAAGAGAUCAAUGGAGGAGACAGAACAGGUCUAGGUAGCACGAGAUUGGGCAGAAUAGCGAUUGCGUUAGGCAAACAACUGCUUGUCAAGAUAAACGCUGCAAGAAGAAACUUCCCCAUGAAGAUAUUUCUACUGCUUCUUGGUUUCUACACUGCAAAUGCAUUGGCUACGAUUCUUGGCCAAACCGGUGACUGGGAUGUUCUUGUCGCGGGAAUCGUUGUCGCUGCGAUCGAAGGAAUCGGUAUGCUUAUGUACAAGAAGCCUUCUUCUUCAAUGCUUUCUGGAAAGUUGCAGUCUUUUGUUGUGUUUAUGAAUUUCUGGAAAGCUGGUGUUUGCUUGGGUCUCUUUGUUGAUGCUUUCAAGUUGGGUAGUUAA